GGCGAUUUUCUCGCAAGCGACAGCUGUGUGAGGUAGCUCUGGGCGUGAGCUGUCAGGGUGAUUGAUCGAUCUGGGGAAAAUGGCGGCCUCAGCGUGGCGAAAGGCGUCUGUUGUGGUGCGUGGGAGAGAAUCAAAGGAUGGCGAUACGGCGUGUGCAGAGCGUGUGUGCUGCUGUUGGUGCGCAGGGCAGCGGUUUUCUGUUCAAUUUGACAGCGGGAUCCAUAUACACCUUCGGUAAUAAGGGUGGGUGCUAGAAGAGAGGCCAGAGGGGCGACUUGUCUGUGUGUGUGUGUGUGUGGUAUCCAAUUCAUGUUUGUUCUGUCAGCGAACAUGAAUGUCUACAUCUGUUCCUACCUCAGGAAGGUGAGGCAGCCAGCCAGUCCACACACACACGCACACACACACACACAUGCAUAGCCGCCCACCCCACCCUUGUAGGCGUGCCGCAUGUCCAUCCGGACAAAGGACACGGGGAUGAUAUACGCAUCAGGUCAGGCAGACAGACAGACAGACAGGCAGACAGACAGGCAGACAGACAGGCAUGUUCGUGAAGCGGUGUGCCCACCACCAUACUGUCUGCACACGUGUUCCCAUGUGUGUGUGUGUGUGUGUGUGUGUACAGGUUGGCGCAACGGCCCAGAUAUGGGGCGACUCGGGGAUAGACAGCGACCUAGUGCGGAGCAAAGAUCUCUCGCUCUGCUACGCAUUGGGUAGAUGUAGACUCAUUGAUUGAUGCACACACACACACGCACCUGUGGUCACCCAUGCCCUCAGCUGUGGUGGGCAUUGGCCUGAGCGUCUUCAUCGGCGGCCAGCUGGAGAGAAGAGUCGGGCCCAGGUCACACAGACAGCACACACACACAGAGGAUCCACACACGCAGCCCGUGUGUGAGGUGGUGUGGUGUGGUGUGGUGUGAUGUGUGUGCAGGGUGGGUGCUCUGGUCGGCGGGUGGCUGAUGUCCCUGGGUGUGGCGCUGUCUGCCCUGACCAUACAGCACUCGUACACCAUGUUCCUGUUCACCUAUGGCGUACGUCAGCCCGCUGCGAGGAGGGAAGACGCCACGCCCACACACACGCAGAUGUGUGUGUGUGUGUAGAUCAUGUUUGGUGUGGCCAGUGGCCUGGCGUACCCCUGCCCACUCAGCUGUGCGUUCAAGUGGAUGCCUGGUACACACACUCACUCGCGCCACGCGGCAGCCGACAUAUUUGUGCGCGAGCAUGUCGGCGCGUGUGGGUGUGUGUGCAGAGCAGAGGGGCCUGGCAGGUGGACUGAUUCUCGCCGGCACUGGCCUGUCGCCGCUCAUAUUCGGGCCGCUGCAGGUCAGUGAGUGAAUGCUCCACACACGCACUUGUGGUGUGUGGGCAUGACCAGACGAUCUUUGUGAAUCCGCACAACAAGCCGCCCACUUCUGUGCCGUACCCAGACCAACCUGAGGGUACGCUGCACUUCUGCGCAGUAAAUAUGAUCUCUCUCUCUCUCUCCGUGUGUGUGUGUGCGUGUGUGCAGAAAAGUACUAUGAGGACAGCGAAAUAGUCGAUCGUGUGCCGCUGCUCCUGCUCCACCUGGCCGCCAUAUACGCAACGGUACGAUCCGUUCCACUCACGAAGGUUUGUAUGAUGUGUCUUUGUCUGUUAUAUACACACACAGAUCCAGUUCAUAGCGGCGAUGAACUUUGUCAGCCCACCGGAGACACUGCCACCCCCGAUGCCGCACAGAGGACCACCACGGGUAGGGUACCCAUUCACACACACACACACACACACACAGAGAGAGAGAGAGAGAGAUGCAUACACAUGUUUCCACGGUGUGCUGCAUGUCAUGUGCAGACGGUGCCGGAGCCAGCAAAGAGGUAAGAUGACAGCGACACAGCACCCGAUGGGUGUACUGACAGGCACAGACACUCAUCUCAUCUGUGAGUGGUCGUGUCGUGUUGUCGGUUCGUGUCGUGUGCAGCAGCCCUUUGGUGCAGAUAUCUCCCGUGUCGAUGGUGCAGUCACUGUCCUUCUGGACGCUCUGGCUGCUCUUCUUCUUCAACGGGCAGAUCGUGUCCUUCCUCACCACCUUCUGGAAGGUAUAUGCAUGCAUAGAUAGCUACCCGCCCGUUGGAUGGAUGUGUGGUGCGCGUGUUGUGUUGUGUGUGUGUUGUGUGUAGGUGGUGGGAUAUCGGCACCUUGGCCUGAGCGAUCAGGCACUGGCCUAUAUCGGUGAGUAGGUCGGUGGCUGAAACACACUUAAGGCCUCUCUCUCUCUCUCUCUGCGUGUGUGUGUGUGUGUGUGUGUCGUGUGUCAACCAACAGGCAACAGUGUGGUGGCGAUGUCGAGUGCGGCUGGGCGGAUUCUGUGGGGCAUGGCCAGCGAUGCAUUCACAUUCAAACGAUGCAUGGUGGGGGUGGGGUGGGGGAGGAAAGGCGUGGCGUGCACUGCAUCGUCCACUUUGCCUGCCUGUCUGUGUGUGGGCGGGGCGGGAAUGGGUGUGGGUGUUGUGUCGUCAGAUCUACAUAACGCUCCUGACGGGCUUCUUCGCCUUCACUCUCACCACGGCCGCAGAGUAAGCACGCACACUACAGACAGCCAUGCCAUGCACACCUUAAGCAUAGCGUGACUGCAAUCACUGCACAGGUACGGGCCUCCUGCGUUUUUUGCGUGGCUGGCGGUGCUGUACUCGUGCAUCGGGGGCAGCUUCUCAAUGUUCCCUGCCGUAAGGACGUCAGAGGAGAACCCAUCCCAUCCCAUCCCUAUGAUGUGUGUGUGUGUGACUCUGUGUGUGUGCCCUGCGUGCCUCGUGUGUGUGUGUGUGUGUAGGUCACGGCCAAGACAUUCGGACAGACAUACUUCGGGACCAACUACGGUAGGGACACGGUCACACAGACAGACACACACACACAAAUGAGAAUGUGUGUGUGUGUGUGUGUGCAGGUGUGAUGUACACUGCCCGCGUGGCCAGCGCGGUCAGCCAGGCGAUUGUACUCGGCCAAAUCUAUCACAAGGUGGGCAGCCAGAGGGUGUGCAAGAGAACCACACAGUGUCGUGUGUGUGUGCAGAUCGGUGAUGAGGGCGUGAUGCCCAUCCUGGCUGCCUGCAGCUGCAUCAGCCUCAUGCUCACGCUGCUCUUCGACCCACACGCAGCCAUAGAGGCAUGCACUGCACCGACUCACACCACGCACCCCGCACAGCACAUGUCAGCCUCCCUCGGUGUGUGUGUGUCUGUGUGAAUCAGUAUCACGACAAGGCCUUCCGGCAGUCGGCCGAGGCCGCCAGGCGGUAUCUAUCGGACGCGGCACACUGCACCAGCAGGGACAGAGAAAGAGACAGGGCCAGAUGAUGCAUGUCGUGCAUGGGUGGAGACAUAGGCAGUCAGCUGCUGUACACAGGCAUGUACGUAUGUCAGCCUGCAAAAGGCGAUAGGCGAUUUGAUUUGGCACCCGAUGGGCACUUUUCUGAUGGAUGGAUGGAUGGAU